GUCACAUGGUUCGUCAGAUGCGAUUUGGAGUAACAAGUGGAUUUCCAGUUUUUUUGGCAAUUUCUCUCGAUCGCGCUUCAAACAUAACGACAACUAAAUGAGGACCAUGGACUCCGAUAACAGCCGUGUGUCAAGACCCGCUUCCCCCGACGUGGAGCGCAUCUUCCUGGCGGCCAUGAAGAAAACGGUGCACGGUUUCUCGGGCGCGGUGUCCUCCACGCAGGGCGACUCCUCCCACGACAUCGCCGCCGACCUGCGCAGCCUCUCGAGCAACGACGAUGACGACACGCUGUCCCUCAAGAUGCUCUCCAAGAAGGACCGCAAGCUGCUCUCCGAGAACGAGCUGCAGUCCAUCCGCCUGAAGAUCAACAGCCGCGAGCGGAAGAGGAUGCACGACCUCAACGUGGCCAUGGACGGCUUGCGCGAGGUCAUGCCCUACGCGCACGGGCCCUCCGUGCGCAAACUCUCCAAGAUCGCCACGCUACUGCUGGCGCGAAACUACAUCCUGAUGCUGAGCAGCUCGCUGGAAGAGAUGAAGCGGUUGGUGAGCGAGAUCUACGGCAGCAGCAGCGGCGGCGGCGGUCACCACCACCACGGGGGGUUCCAUCCCUCCGCGUGCGGCGGGAGCAUGGCGCACGGCGCCCCGCUGCCCGGCCACCCGACGGUUUCUCACGCCUCGCACCCGGCGGUGCAUCACGCGCUGUUGCCCCCCGCGGUGUCCAGCGCGUCGCUGUCGGCGCCGAGCAUCUCCGCCGUGACGUCUGUCAGGCCGCACCACGGACUCCUCAAGGCGCCCGUGGCCAGCGCGGGCCCGCUGGGCAGCAGCUUCCAUCACUGGGGCAUGAGCGCGGGCGGCAUGCCGUGCCCGUGCAGCAUGUGUCAGGUCCCCCCGCCUCCCCCGCACGUGGCCAUGAGUCUUUCGAGGCUGACAAGCGACUCCAAAUAAAACUCUCAGACUGAUAUUAACUUUUUUAUGGUAGCACUGCGUGCUCCAAAACAACAACAACCACAACAACAACAAAAACUCUUCCAAUAUCAUGACUUUUAUUUAUCUGUGUUUAUGAAUUGAAUAUUCAAUUGGUCAGCAAAAUGUAUUUGAUUUUACACUGCAAUUAUGGUUAUUGGCUCUAACUUAUCAUGCCUUUAAUAUGCUAAGUCGUUUUUCUGGUGUUAACAGGUGUUUUCAUCUGCAGAACACUCUUCAUGUUAUUAAUUGAAAUUCUGGUGAUCCACAUUUUUUUCUUUUUGUUUUAUUUCUUUUUUAUUUCACUAGCUUCCGUUUAGUUUGCCUUUCCUGCCGAGCCGAAGACGGAAAACGGAAAGAGGCUAUACUUGUAGAGUGUACAUAUGUAGAUUGAUAUUGGUGUUUACCAGAUAUUUUAUAAUAUUAAUGGCUACUGUAAAUGUUGUUUUGGGAUGCCCCCCCACCCCCAUCCUAAAUGUACAGCCUGUCCCAAGUGAGUGACACCUAGAGGCACCUGCUUUACCCCAUUAGUCCUUCGCGUCACUGCCAGGCCCACGUGCCUCUCUCCUCGUGCUUGGUCUCUCUUCCGUCAUGUGUCCGUCGAGCAUGCCAUUCAGAUGACCACUUGUUUAUUUUUUUACAUAAAAAAAAGUGCUAAAUGAUAAAAAUGAUAUUUAUUUACUUAUUUUGGCUGGAAUUUUGCGAUGAAACUGUGAUGUUGGGAUUUGAAAUGUAAAUUAAUAAUAAAAAAAAUACUUAAAUGUU